GUUUUUAUGCAUCGAAGACAGAUGAAAUAAUGAACCGACCUAGCAAAUUAGAUGCUUUGAACACAUCGCUGGCGACUAUAAAUACUGGUAUAUCAUUACAUUCAACAUCAUAAGACACUGCAGACCACUGGAAUCACUUACGUGCUGAGCAGGAUCAUCAACCAUGAAGGUCCUUAUAGUUUUGAGCUGUGUACUCGUGGCCGUACUUGCUGAUGAUAAGUACACUGACAAAUAUGACAAAAUUAACUUGCAAGAAAUUUUGGAGAACAAGAGGCUCCUGGAGUCGUAUAUGGAUUGCGUGCUCGGCAAGGGCAAGUGUACUCCCGAAGGGAAGGAACUGAAAGAUCAUCUUCAAGAAGCUCUAGAGACUGGUUGCGAGAAAUGCACUGAAGCCCAAGAAAAGGGCGCUGAAACUAGUAUUGAUUAUUUAAUCAAGAAUGAACUGGAAAUUUGGAAGGAGCUGACAGCCCAUUUCGACCCCGACGGCAAAUGGAGGAAGAAGUACGAAGACCGCGCUAAGGCCAAGGGCAUCGUCAUCCCUGAAUAAAACUUCAAUAAAGUUGAACACUAACUAGAAUUUUAAUUCAACAACGGAAUCCUAAAUUUUUUAUUGUUAUGAAAUCUGAUUUUGUACUUUUCGUUUUUUAAAUAAAUAAAUUUCUUAAUGUA